AAAUAUAAUGUAUAGAUAUUGGAUCACACUCCUGUAGCAAUUGGAACGUUUGCUUAAAUUUGAAUCCGGCGGCAAAAUAACGGAGUGUUGAAACCACAGGCUUUUUGUCAGGAAGAAAACGGUUCAGGCAAGCUGUAGGCCUUGCUUGGAAGGUCAAAAGGCCAACUUGUUUGGGUGUCUACCUUUCAUGCUGGCCGAGUUCUGAUGUGUCUUGAGGACCUACAAAAAGUUUUUGGACAAAAUCAGUUGAGGAUAUUUGAUGUGCGCCGCUGUUGGGUGGGUCAUAUGAGGUCCUAACUAAAACUUGGAGGAAUCAUACACAACUGUUUUUUGGGUGUGAGGAAUCAGUUAUGCAUUUACGUAAACACUUGCAUUUCAGAGCCAACAUUAUGAUUGUAGCAACAUGCCUCAUGGUCUCAUUGGUGUUUUUUAUUCAUGGACAAAUGGUCAAUUCCUACGCCAUCUUCCCGCACAUUGGCACCUACAGACUCGAUCGAGGCAAUCAACAUUUAGAAAUGGACGACGAGUCUUCUGGAACGAUGCCAGAAUGCAACGGAGAAAUGAGUCAAGAAUUCAACACUGAAAUUUCGAAUCUCAGUGGAUGCUUUAAUUUCCAAACCCCUGGUUUUAACGAUGGAGGAUAUCCGAACAACACAAUGAAUGGAGGGAGACUUUAUGUAUGCAGAUACGUUUUUCAGUUUGGGGCUGAGGUAACUGGAACGGUGACCGUUAAAAAAGCAGGAUUCGAGUUACAAGCACCGACACAAGCAGGAAAUUGCGUGGAUGCUGUCUCAGUUACUCCUGUGACGAAAGACUUGAAUGACCCCGAGGAAAGAGGUCAACAGGAUAAUUUCGCCUCAUUUUGCGGCGUGAUUAGCGAAGACAAGAGCCUGAGUUUCUCUUCCUCUUCACUCUCUGUUUUCCUCGUCGCCGAUGCUACAGUGAACGGCAACGGAGCCGAAAUUGAAACCUGCUUUGAUUAAUAGAGCUGCAGGGUAAACCAUUUAUCUUUAUACCACGCCGUGAAGUGUUGAGUGGUCAUUUUUAUUUUAUUUAUUUUUUCAUUUCUGGCCGACUUCAGAGUUUCGAAAAUAAAUUGUUCAAAAUAUGGCUCUUUAAAUGUGCUGAUAAGGGGUCUUUUAUGGCAUUUGUGUGGGUGAACUAUGGGACAAAUAGAGAACAGAUCCCCUAGAGUGAAAACUCUCUCAAAAACCCGAUUUCAGCCUUUUUUUAUUGUCUUGUUCAAGUUUGCUCAAGAAGAUGACUUUUUGGAAGGCUCAAGGAAACAAUACAGAUGAUUUAUGACCCACCACUCAUGUUCACAGAUUAAUGUAUAAAUGUAAACAUAACAAAUAUGCACCCCAACAUUAGUGUCUUUCUCUUAAAUUAAACACCGG